CUGCAUGCACGAACGGCUGCUUGUCAAUUGAUCGUGCAUGGCUGAGAACUGCAACAAAAGAUCUUCAACAUGAUACCUGGAGUUACACUCAACAAUGGAGCAAAGAUGCCUAUUGUGGGUCUGGGAACAUGGAGGGCGGACCCGGGAAAGGUCACUGAGGCUGUGAAAGUGGCUGUAAGUUCUGGUUACAGGCACAUCGAUGGUGCUUAUCUGUAUCAGAAUGAAGAAGAAGUUGGGGCUGGGAUUCAUGCCAUGAUUGAUCAAGGAGUGGUCAAGAGGGAAGAUCUAUUCAUCGUCAGUAAGCUAUGGUGCACCUUCCACCUUCCAUCUCUAGUGAGGGGAGCAUGUGAGAAGACUCUCAGUGACCUGAAACUGGACUACCUGGACCUCUACCUCAUGCACUUCCCUAUGGGAACAAAGCCAGGUGAUGACCUUUUUCCUUUAGAUGAGCACAAUCAGGUCAUUUCUGAUGACAGCAACUUCUUGGACACUUGGGAGGCUAUGGAAAAGCUGGUGGAUGCUGGGUUGGUCAAGGCUAUCGGCAUCUCCAACUUUAACAAAGACCAGAUUGAAGCCAUACUCAACAAGCCAGGCCUCAAGUACAAGCCUGCCAACAACCAGAUUGAGUGCCACCCCUACCUGAACCAGGAGAAGUUGAUCAACUACUGCCACUCAAAGGGCAUCUCAGUGACAGCCUACAGCCCGCUGGGUUCCCCCGACAGACCCUGGGCUUCAUCUGAUGAACCCUCUCUGCUGGGGGAGCCUAAGAUCAAGGCCAUUGCUGAAAAGUACAACAAGACCCCAGCACAGGUUCUCAUCAGGUUCCACAUCCAGAGGAAUGUGAUUGUCAUUGCAAAGUCAGCAACACCCCACCGAAUCAAGGAAAAUUUCCAGUUGUUUGACUUUGAGUUGAGUGAAGAGGACAUGAAGACCUUGCAGAGCUUAAACAAGAACUGGAGAGGAUUCCCUGCACUAUGGGCCUCAAAACACAAAGACUUCCCCCUGAAUACAGAAUACUAACUCAGACAAAAAGCUGCAGUUUCUGCUUUGAAUCCACUCUUUUUAUUCAACAUGCUGUGUACUACAUUAUCCAAACAACUACCAAACUAAUGUGCUUAUCCUGUUUUAUUACCAUAUAGCAGCCGUAACUUGACUUUACAUGGGAUAAAUAGGUGUGAAAGUGAUCACUAUAAAAUACUGUGUAGCUACAUAAGCAGGCUGGUUAUUGUGGAAAAGUAGGCUUACAAAGAAGACUGGGGGAUGUUCUGCGCAAGGAGUUAGGCAAGAUUUUACAGAAAAUUUCAAAAACAAUUCUGCCAGGAUAAAUUUUGCAAGGUUUUAUUACCAAUACUAAGCAGGCAGUAAACGUUAAAUACGUUUGGGAAGCAGACCUUUUAUGUAAGGUACAUCCUUGUAAACAUGAGAGUAGAAGGCAAAGAGUGGACUGACAAGAGAUGAUAAUAGAACCCAGCCAGACUGGGUGAGAAAAUUAGAAAACUUGAAAGUAAGGUUUUACUGGGGGAUAUUUCGCAGUAAUCAUGAUAUUUUAGAUUUACAUUUAUGCUUGUAAUACUUACAUAGUUAUAUUGAUUUAUACAUCAUUUAUACAUCCCUGUACUUCUGCUGUAUUUCUUGCUGUUUUUAUUCCUUCUUUAAAACACCUUCAAUUGGUUUUCUGAAUGAAAUUUUUAAUAUAAUAAACUUACCUUGCCUGCAAUGUGAUUCCUACCCUGUA